AUGAUCCACCCCAAGACACUGGCCGAGCACCCGUGCUCGCGCCUGGAGUCCCUCCCCGUAGAGAUCAUCGAAUUGAUCUUCCUCCACAGCCUAGAAAUCAACCUGCCGCGUGCCUCGCUGCAUCUUGGCCGUGCCCUGUCCAACCCAACCCUCUAUACCUGGCUCAUCCGCCUAGUCUUCAGUUCCACAAACUCAGGCUCUCAGAGUGGAUUCUUCACUCCAGACUUCUUACCCCCACCACUCGAUUUCUGGGGUCUAUCAUGGGAACAAAGGCAGCAUCUAUCAACCAUUCUACUCGGCUGCCGAUGGUGUACACUCCCACUGAUGCGAAAAUGUCAACGUGAAUACGUAGAUCAUGUCAUACGACGUAAGUGUGCAGAUCUACUAUUCUCCCCAGAAGACCAAGAGACAAUGAGAGACCUAGGUCCCCGAUUCGAAGAUCUAGAACUCCAUGAUCGCCCGCGCAUGGGUGAAAGCCGUGGCAAAGGUGAUUUGGUCAUCCACGCCCAACUCCCAGAAGAUAAAACCACCAGAGCUACCACGAAAAAGCAACGAGCUUCAUCAUCACGGAAUCAUGUCGACCGCAAAGUCGCAAUCUGGUUCCACUAUGGAGCAGUUCAAAUCCGUGAGCCAAAUGAAAUUUACUACGAAAACGACCUUUUCCGUCUUCCUUCCUCUACAGCAAUUGGCCCUGGCCGGAUUCCUGAUAAACUACUUCGACUUCCGUGGUCUGAUUCGCAGUUUGACUUUCUCCAUCUUUUGUCUUCGGAUUUCUACGUUGAUGAAGACGAGUACUCGAAUAUUCGGUCGACAGAGAUUACAAGCCGUUUAAUACGCAGGCGAAACAGCGAGCCUUUUCGUCAGCUGCUUCAGAUGUCGUUUCGCUCGGCACAUUGUCGAAUUCCUUCGCGGUGGCCGUUGCAGAGAUUGCAUUACUAUUUGGUUCGACGGUGUGCGGUGGGGAAAGGAGAUCCUUUCGCGAGCGCGAUUUUGUAUGAGAGGUGGAAUGAUUUGACGACGACUGUGGAUGAAGACUUGAUGAAGUUUUUUGAAAAGCAGGCAGAAGACCUAAGUUAA